AUGGCUCCAAAACCAACAUCUACGCCGCCAGCGACGGCGACAAACCCUCUUCAGACCCUUUGGAAGGCGUACAAUGAUAACACUGCAAACAGACUCAAGUUCAUCGAUUCCUUCUUGUUCUUCUUGAUGCUCUCUGGAAUUAUCCAAUUCGCCUACUGUAUUCUGGUAUCCAAUUACCCAUACAAUGCCUUUCUAUCAGGUUUCUCAAGUACCGUCGGUCAAUUCGUAUUGGUGGCCUCAUUACGGUCACAAGUCAACCCAGAAAACAAGGACGAGUUCAAAGAAGUAUCACCAGAACGUGCGUUUGCGGACUUUGCAAUAGGUUCCAUCGUCUUGCAUUUCUUUGUGUACAACUUCCUCGGAUAA